AUGGGUGUCGCUUCAAGUAGGCAUUCACCAUAUUCUAAUAAACUCUCUUUUGACAACUACGAUGAAACUUUCAAAAACUCGAAGACCAAUGACGAUAGGACGCACUUGAUGCAUUGUAUAUUUAAAGAAAUUUGGAAGGCCAAUUUCCUGGCACCCGUUGAAACGGCGUUUCGACAGGGUGCUAAAGUGUUGGAUAUUGGAUGUGGAGUCGGCACAUGGGUUAACGAUAUGGCCUCCGACUACCAAAUAAACAGAGUUCUAAAACCCGGUGGGUGGAUUGAAGUCGUAGAAUCCGAACUGGGAUUUAUCUCCGAAGGACCUUACACGCGGAGUGUGGUCGAAGCAAUCUGCCAAGUAAUGAAAUCCAGGAAAGUCAAUCCUUUCAUAAUCUCCCGUCACGAACACCUCCUACGUUCGAUGUCCGGUUUUUGUAAUAUCUCACAUCGACAAAAAAAUUAUAAAAUUGGCCCAAGAUCCGGCAAGAUCGGUGAAUUACUCUCGCUGAAUCUUUGUGAAACAUUUAAGGAGUUUCUAAUAAAUUUUGAUGGAAAAGUGGAGGUUAUGGAUUUGCCCAAUGACCCUAGGCCGAUGUCGUUGGGAGAUACUUAUAACAGGACCUGUAGUUUUGAUGGAUGUAAUAACUCGAGCCUGCAUGAUAAUAGGAGAAAGCCAAGUUCCGGAAUUAUGCAUAAGAGAAAGUCUGGAUUCGGCGGUCGUUACAAUCGAAGAAGUGGCAUAAGAAGAAUAAGUGCAUUUUUAGGAGGAAAAAAGAAUGAAUUAAAAGUGGAAAUGAUAAUUGAAAAAAUUUCCAAUGAAUUUGACCUGUACCAAUCCAUGACUUUAAUACAUCGAUUCUGGGCGCAAAAAGCAAAUGUUAUUACACACAGAUGA